CAUUACAUUUCUCAAAUGAGAUGUUCUUUAUUUUUAUAUAAGAUGAAGUGCUUGGUCAUUUCUUAUGUAUGUGUGUGCUAUCUAACUUAACUGUUCUGCUUAAUGCCAAACUAAUUAAAACUAAUUCGUCAUACUAUCCACUGGUUGCAGUUCUCUCUUUGUCAUUUCAGACUACAAUUUCACAGCAUGACUAAACUGCUGACUAACUGACUUAUACCGCCAAUCCUACAAUACUCUUUCAAUAUAAUUAUUUACCUGACUUCAAAGGGUGAUCACUUAUAUAUCACCCUUUAGUAAUGUUUAGUUUUUUCCUCCUCCCUGAAACUCACUCUCCAUUGUUGUGUUGCAUUGGUACAGACGUUGAACUGUGUUCCAUGUUCAAGGUAAUGUUCUGUCUAUGCUGGUUUCUUUUGGGUCUCUAUUGGCAAGCAUGUCGUUGGGUACUUCUUCCUAAUCCAUCUGAAAAGCCAAGACUUACGCUGGGGAACAUGAAGUGGCAAUUGCUUGAGAAAUACUUACAUAAGCCUUUUCUUACCAUUAUAUAAGCUACAAUUUCGAUGGAAAAAAUCCUUCACCCUAAAAAAAAAAAUUGUAAAGAAGAAAUCUUAGAGACAGCAAGAGAAUGCACUAGUAUUAAAUAUGGAUAUUCACACAGGUUGUUCUUCUUAUAUCAUGGAAAAUCUUCAGGAGACCAUUUUAUAUUACUGGGUUUGUGGGAUGAUUGACUUUAAUUUAGGUGAAAAUCAAGAUUCAGUCAAAAAUAUUUAACUUAAACAUUUUCCAUUUUUCUUAUCCACAGCUUUGAAAAUGAGAAUGGCAAAGCUAGGGGGAAAAGUGUAACCGGCAAAGUGAUUGAUUCCCGUCCCUGACGUUACUAUUCUGUGAAGAAUAAGGAACAGAAAAGAGUGGUCCUAUGGAACAGAGCUUUUCUACACACUAUUUUGCUCAUCAGUUACAGAACUUCUUCUAAGAGACAGACCACUGACAAGACAGAUGAUCAGAAUUGUAUUUAUAUUAUCAUGGAAGUGCCAAGAUGGUCUAUGAAUGUGUGAAAUCGAAAAUGUCUGUAUGUCAAUCAUGCAUUUAUGGUAUGCCUGUGUUAAAUUUAUUAGUUGUAGUAUUCAAUCAGCAACAAUAUUUAUUCAAAGACAUUUGCUGAUCAUUUCUAAAAUGGCUGUGAAAGUGUUUUAAUGCCAAAGUGACUGACCUUUUGCUGCUGUCAGUGCUUUCACAAAAUCUACAAUGAGGAAUUAAUUCCUGAAUUAUUAAUGCCAUUGGUAAUAUUGCAUACUAAAUUGGAAAAUAAAAAUGUGUUAUCUGAAUAACCAAAGAAAAUGAAUAAGAAAGACUGGGCAUAAUAACAUUGACAUGAUGUUUUUUUAUCAACAUGUUAUUUCUAUGGUUGAGAGUUUGUACAUUGAUUGACCAUAGAUUCAGUGAAGGGAUUGUUAUCAAUUGAAAUAGUCAGAAAAGCAUAUCUGAACUCGAGAUACACGCAAUCAUCAGUUCAAGUUACAGCACACUGGACAAACCUUAGGAAAGACAACCCGAGAAGGUUAGAAAGAUUAGAACUUGAACAGUAAGUUCCUGGUUUUGACUAAAUGCGUCACAGGGUUAUCAUAGUACAAAACAUCAGCAUUCUCAACGUUACUCACAGCAGAGAAGUCUUGGGUACGCUCUUUAUGAAUAUGCGACACUGUGUGUGUGCAAGGGAAAAGGAGAGAGAGACCAUCUCUUUGCACCAUCCACACUGCUCUGCUAUUGGUUGCUUCCCCUCUACACACAUUCAUAAUCAGAGUUCUAGUCUCUGAGGCUACAGAGAGACAGAGCGCCAGCUUAACACUGCUAGCCAAAACCAGUCUACAAUCACCUGCUGGACUGGCAUAAGAGAGCUACCGCUGUGGCAAGUGUGACGGAUGGUAAAGAACUGAACGAAGGRUGCAGUAACCCUCAGAAUCACAAUCCAAACGAACCCAGAUCCUUCUCGAAGGCAGUAACCAUGGAGACCAGUGAACAAACGGAGAUGACCAGCGUAAUUGCCUAUGAAAAGGAACUCUCGCUCACUGACUCAACUGAAAACAAAAAGGGCUUAGGAGGAACAGAAGAAGAACAAGUCUGUUUAGAGGCGGACUCACUAGAAUCCAUAGGAAAGAAAGCGUUGCUAGAAAUUCUAGCAGAUUUACCAGCUAGUAUGAUCGAUGAGCUUGACGGCUUAGGAAACGGGCACUGUACAGGUAACCCAUUUCGAAAGGAGGCUUUGUCUAGCCAUGAAGAACUCAACCGAAAUGAAUCCAUCACUUCGUCUGUCUCUGACACACCGUCCAGUGUCGACAGUGUGUAUGAGAACGAAGCUCAUCGUAAGAGACAGGACACCCAAGAACUAGAACAGCCUGAAGAUACUGUGUCCAACCCAGAGGAUGGUGAAGAUGGUGAGGAUAAAGACACAAAAGAGAUUCAAUAUGGCCCAUUAGAAAACUACAUCAGUGAUGUCCCAGAGGAGUCUUUACUAGAACAGUUCAUCAGAGAGGAGGUUCUGUCGGAUGUCUCCAACGAGUCCUGUCAUGGUCUGGACCCAGACGAGGUGGAUGAAUGCCUGCGUGUUGAGAUAGCUGAGGCCUCCUCAGACGAUGAGAGUGAAGAUGGAGCAAAUAAAUGGAGGGCGAUAUUUUCCUCCUCGAUCAACCAUGAGGAUGAUGAUGACUAUCUGGAUAGCCUCCAACUGAGUGCACAGGAUCUCUUCGUCCAAAAGGUUGAAGCGCAAAAUGUUGACAACCAUGACGAUAACGAGGAGGAAGUUCAAGUGAAGAUACCAAAGGAAGAGGAACUGGAAGUAUUGGAGCAACCAGAUUACCUCACUGGUAUUGCACAGGAAGUGACAUACAACCCUGCAGCACUGCUCCAAAGCCUGUCCAAAAUCUCUGAAGACGAGGAGGGAAAUGGCAAUGGUUCAAGGCACAAUACAUCUUGCAAGGCAGAUCCCAACAAGAAGCUUCCAAAGGACUUCUGCGUUAUCCAGGAGACCAAGAGUGAGAACGUCAGCACAGAGCAUGUAGAUUUCCAGCUGGCRCGGAAACAGUGGAGGGAGAUGGAAGAGCAGACCAAGAACUUGGUGCUGUCACCCACCACAAAGCAGUGUGGGCCCCUCACGGGCAGCCACAGCUUCAUGUACACUCCAGUCAGGAACAUUGACAGGCCCAAGACGAGAGAUACGAGCCUAGAGAAUUUGGCUAUGGGUGGAGCUGAGUAUCCCCACACCCAGUUCAGCCCCUGCUCAGAGGACUCAGGCCUGGGCGAUUCCAGCUACAGGUCCCCUUAUGAAGAAUUCCCAGAGACCUCCAUUGAGAGGGAGAUCCGCCUGGCCAUGGAGAGAGAAGACAACUUUAAGCGAGACAGGGGUUUCUCCAAUGGGACGAAACCUACAGAAUGUGCCCAGACAAAUGCCAAGCCAGUCAUCUUGCUCCCAGCGAAGCUAUGUCAGGAGGUUGACGAAAAGAGGAAGACGUUUGAGAGUAUGGAGGAUGGCAGCUGCAACAUACCCAGAUCCAAAACUACUCCAUCAUUCAUUAUUACGUCUUCGCCGGCAAAGGGGCCACUGAAACACGAUCUGCCUGCCAACAGCAUCAUUAUACUAGAACCGGAAGGAAGUCCAAGACAUGGCUCCAGAGACACCUCCAGAGCUAACGAGUGGCACUCGGAUGAGACCUCCAAUGCCAACUUCAUCAUCCUAGAGACAUCCAACCUGAUCAUCAGGAGCGCCUCAGAGUUCUGCCUGAACACGGCCUGUGCGCAGCAGGGCCAGGAAUGCUCCUCAACGUUCCUCAACAACCCCUUCUUCAAGCUGCGCUCCAGGAGCCAGCUGUCAUUGGUGGACGAGGAGAUCAAGAUGGUGAAACAGCGCGAAGAGGAGUUGAAGAAAGAAAGAGCGAACAUCUAUCCAAAAGGGAUGUACAACAACACAGGCCUAGUGGCCGAGAAUCUCAUGGACAGCUUGUCGUUUGAAGCUGAUGCGCCACUGAAGUGUAAGUCUUCGCCAUCAUCACCAAUGAAAACUGCAUACAAGAUGGAUCGCUCAGCCCUAUCCUGUGAUCACAGAUUUCCUGAGGUGUACGGAGCCGGAGGAAGGCGUAAGAGCGCCUUGGCGCUGCGCUGGGAGGCUGGGGAGUUUGCCGAGUGAAGAACAACAGGGUACAACCCGCAGUCACUGGUGAAAAUAUUGUCUGUCCACUUUCAGCUGAGUUAAUAGACUUAAUGCAGUGCUGCAAACUCAUGUUUGUUUCAUGUUGCGACAUUUAACCACACUUGCUGCUUCUGUAAUGUUAUCGAUUCUCUGGUCGAAGUGCCAGGAAAUAGUAGUGUGUGUUCGCCCGCCAAGAUGCCUGAAUGUUAAAUGAAUGUAAUAGUCCACAGAUGCUAACAUUUUAUGAAAUUUUAAUGUGAGCAAAUCUGAAAACAUAUUUUGGUGUAUUGUCUUGCUAAAGGAAAGAAGCUUAUAUUUAUUGUACUUUCGUACUGUGUUUUCCAGAAAUAUUGGUGUGGGCAUAUAACAUACUGUAUGAUACAAUACUAUAACAUGUAACUUGUAUCAAAAAAUAUAUUCAAUCAGUUGCUGAAAUCUGAGAUAUGUUGAACGGACAUUAUACACCAUGUGAAAUCAUGUUUGAUUGAAAUACAUUUUUAACAUUCCCUUAAAGCUGGAAUCCUUAAUGGUGAAACCACCACAUCCGUUUGCGAUAUUUUAAAAACAACAAUAGCGGUGAUGGGCAGCCAGUGGCGCCGUUUCCCUUAUUACGGAUUCCAUGUUUAAAAUAAAUCAAAUCCAUUUCCAGAAUCAAAAGGGAUAUAGUAAAAAAAAAAUGCUUAUAAAAAAUAAAACUUUUCUAUAUUGUGCAUUUCCCUACAAAUGUCAGAUGUUUACAAUUUUCAAAGAAGGAAAAUGUUUCUGCUUUUAAAUAAUUAUUGAGGCAGAGUAUUAAACAAGCUCCAUUUUUUGAGAAUUGCCAUUUAACGCUGAUAAUUGAGUUCAUGAAACAAAAAAGAAUUGACAUUGUUUCAUUAAGUAUGUUUGUAUGCUUACUUGUUACUGUUUUGCUUAUACAAAAAUCACCAGUAUUGCUUGCUAGCAUUUUAAAUUGUGUAAGGAAAUUACCUAAAAUAAGAGAGAGGCCACUUUAUUACAUUAUUUUUCAGGUGAUUUUCCUUGUAUUCUUACUGCAAGUGUUCAAUAGAUUAGUGCAACAAUAAAUACCACGUAUGAAUA